AUGCAUAAGCAGAUUAACAUGAUCACCAUUCAGCGAAUUGGAAUGACGCCAGCUGCUGGGCAGCCACAAGCCGCUGUACCACCGCCGCCGACACCGACAGUUCAGCGCCCUAAAAAAUUUCAGGUAGUGCCGGUGCCUGGUGAAUUCUCACGUGGUCGCUGGAAAUGUGUAGAUACUCGUGGUGGCUCAACAAUGGGAGUUUUUGGAAAUUACCCGCCUGGAAAAGAAUAUAAUACCGUUGUUUCAUAUAAUAAUAAUAUAAUAACGGUUCGGAAGAAGUUCUUCAGAAGGCAAACCGACCCGCCCGCCGAGGAAGUAAAAAAGCCAACCGUGACAUUAGUGAGCUCGACAACAACUACAACGAAUCGCGGAGCUGUCAACGGCGGCUCAUCGAACCUCACCACGAGCACGACGACGACGUCCACUGCUGCUGCUGCUGCAAGCAGCGGUAGUAGCCAUAUCUCGCCACGUCAGGAGGUGGAAAUCAUUAGGAUGUCGCCACCGACUCAACCGCUAUCUGCUGCACAGAAGCAAAACUUCACGAUUACAACCAUCACGCCGCCGCCACCGCCGCAACAGGUACAACAACAAAUCACCCAGCAGCAACAACAACGCCAACAACAACAACCCCAUAUCAAUCCGCAGAUGCAAUCAUCAACGAUUGUUAUCAAUAGUCAGACUAAUACACAACAAAGCAUUACGAGUCCCACUGUAAUGAACAACUCUCCAUCUCAUGUCACCACUACAAUUGUAGCAUCGUCUUCAAAUCCACCAGCGGCAGAGCAACAAGAUGAAGGAAUUGCUGCGAGCACUAGCAACGCCGUCGUUGCCAUCGACAAUAAAAUUGUACAAGCUAUGGAUCUUGUUAAGACACAUUUGACGUUUGCUGUUCGUGAAGAAGUUGAAUCGCUUCGCACAACAAUUGCCGAUUUAGAGAAUCGGCUCAGCGCUCUUCGUGAGGAGAAUCGCAUUCUUCGUGAGAAUGUGUCUCCAAAUGUUUUAGACUUUAUCAAGGCAAACUCUCAAAUUUGUAUGUUUUAG